CACAUAUCCACUCGGCUUGCUCAGUUGUACCUUUUCGUUCCAUACCUUCAUGAAGAAAAGCAGAAUGGAUUUAAACUUCACGCUCUCGGGGAGCGACUUGAUCGGCUUUGGCUCGUUGGCGCAGAAACUUUUUGCGAAUAACUCACUGCCUCCAUUUGAUAACAGCACCGUCGGUCCCACAAGUAAUGAGGAGGAACUGGAAGUUAAUACGAAUGUGUACGCAAAAGUCAUUGUCACUAUCGUUUACUUGGCUCUGUUCGCCAUAGGCUCCCUGGGCAACUCCAUCACUAUUUAUACCCUGAUUACCAGAAAGACGCUGCAGAACCUCCAGAGCACCGUACACUAUCACCUGGCCAGUCUCGCCGUGUCCGACCUGCUCAUUCUGAUCCUCUCCAUGCCCAUUGAGCUCUACAACUUUAUCUGGUUCCAUUACCCAUGGGUGUUCGGGGACGCCGUGUGCAGGGGUUACUACUUCCUCCGGGACAGUUGCUCUUAUGCCACCGCGCUAAACAUCGCCAGCCUGAGCGUGGAGCGCUACAUGGCCAUCUGCCACCCGUUCAAAGCCAAGAGCAUCAUGUCCCGCAGCCGCACCAAGAAACUCAUCAGCGCCAUGUGGCUCGCUUCCUUCGCUCUCGCGACACCGAUGCCCUUCAUCAUGGGCCAAAGGAUGCGUAACGGCGAGAUGAUAUGCACCACUGUGGUCUCGCCGGUCACGGUGAAGACCGUGCUGCAGGUAAAUGCAUUCCUGUCCUUUGUCAUACCGAUGGUGGCCAUAUCUGUUCUGAAUGGGGUCAUUGCCAAUCAGCUGUUGCGGAUGUUCCGUGAGGCUGAGCAAGACAACCGUGUCUGCAUGAUUGGUGCAAAUCCCACCAUGCUGAAUUUCACUGUGGAGUCCAACCGUGCUCAGUCGCUACGCCAUGGAGUUCUUGUUCUCCGAGCUGUGGUAAUAGCCUUUGUGGUCUGCUGGCUGCCCUAUCACGCUCGCCGUCUCAUGUUUUGCUACGUGACUGAGUGGUCAGAUGAGUUAUAUGACUUCUACCACUAUUUCUACAUGCUGACCAAUGUCCUGUUCUACGUCAGCUCGGCCAUAAACCCUGUCUUGUACAACCUGGUAUCAGCCACCUACCGUCAGAUCUUCUUCUCCACGUUGCGGUACUUCUGCAUGCCCUGCCGUCACACAAACAGGAAUCAACCAUACCCCCUCAACCGCCACUCCAUUAGCAUCUCCAGUAGCCACACCCUUUCCACUAACAUCAUUAAAGAGACGGCAUACUGAUUAAGCUGCAGAUAAACACACCUUCUUUCACUUUGUCAUAAAUUCAUACAUUGCCACAUCUUGAUUACAUUUUCCCAGAGGAAAUUAUGGCAUUGAGUUGGAGAAUGUGGUCACCAUCAUCGUCAUGUGAGGUUAAAUUCUCACUCAUUAAAUGCUCUGAUUUAAUUUCAGACACAUUUUCUCAUGGAUUAUUGUGUUUCAUACCUUUAACAUGAGAUUGUUAAAUCAAAAAAGAAAAUACGAUGGAUGGAAGAAGACGGGGGGAGGCAAGACUUUACAAAAGAUACUGAUGUAAAUUAUUUAUACUGUAUGUUUGUACAUAUAUGUUUUUAUUUCACCAAUCACUGAAAUGAAUUUAAUGGGUGGUGUACCUCACUGAUUCAGUUUUUCUAAACAUUUAGCUUAUGUAACUCCUAAAGGUAUUUUCUCAAAAACAACGCCUUGUAGAAAUACUUUGACCACAACAACAGCUAUGAUGUAACCUUCCUUUCGGAUGGAUUCAUCUGAGGAGAAACCUAGCUUUGAUGUUAGAAACAGUGCAAGGAUCAUGUAUUUCUCUAAAAUCUAAGUUGUAUUGACAGCUGUAUAGGAAGAAUCUCUUGCAUCAUUAAAAUUUACUUCUCUUGUGUGAUUUGGCUUUUGCAGAACAAGCUUUUCAGCUAAAUUCUUGGUGAAAAUGAGGCAAGUCUACAUAAUAGAGAGUCCUCAUUGCUUCAACGCUGAUAUUCAUUUAGCAAUUUUACAUACUAAUCAAUACUAUUGGCAGUUUUUAGAAACUGUGAAAUUACUGUGGCCAGAACAGAAGUGGCUGUAAUUGAUUAUUUAAAGUAUUUCAAGAACCAGUAGAGGCCAUUUGGAGGAAAUUGCAAUGGAUGCAUGGAUGCAAAUAUCCUCACAUGGAGAAAAGAGUAGUAACCGAUACAGUGCUGCAGAAGCUGACAGAUAUGUGGGAAGCAAAGAUUUUCUUCAGGACCAACACAACGAUGUAGAAACAAUCUGAAUGGUUAAAACACACAAGCUGCUAGAAAGGAUUAACAACAUGAUGUUGGGAAUUACAAACAUUGUGAUUUAACUUGGGGUUAUUGUGUCAGAUAACUAAACACCCUACCCUUUUUCGCUUCAUAAGAGACAGUCUGAUCACACCUAUCUUCUGGGUAGGAAUAACAUCGACAUCUGGUUGUCUGUGAUUCUUUAGCCAUCAUCCGGUCACCAGUUUUAAUCAGGGAGUAGUUUAUGUUCAGAGUUUAGAUUCAAUUUUCAUUCUUUUCCUGG